AUGCCUUCUCUCAAGAGCCUUGUUUCGGCCUUGGCCCUCGCGUGUCUGGCCAACGCGGCAACCAUCAAGAUUACCGCCACGUCCGGCAACGUCUUUGAUCCCUCAACCGUCAAGGCAGCUGAUGGCGAUAUCCUGGAGUUCAUUUUCGAGCCCAAGAACCAUUCCGUUGUUGCUGGUGACUACCGCUAUCCUUGCUCUCCCAUGGAGCUCGGCACCGGAUUCUUCUCUGGCUUCUUCCCGACAGACAGCGGCGAGAAUGACAAAGUCUUUCGCGUAGAGGUCAACGGAACCGACCCCAUUCCGUUUUACUCUUCUCAGGGCAAUGAGUGCGCCGGCGGAAUGGUUGGCAUCAUCAACCCCAAGGGCAACCAGACUCUGGACGACUACAAGAAGCGAGCUUCCGUUCUAGCACGGAGUGUUUCUCCCGGCAAGAAGCCCUUUGGCGGAGAGAUUGCAGACAACGACAACAGCUCCAACUCCACCAGCAGCGAUGGCGACAACGGAAAGGGAGGCAGCAGAGACAGCUCUUCCGACAAGAACGGCAAGGACUCCGGCAGCGUUUCCUUGUCCGUCUCUAUCGGCGCUCUGGGACUCGCUCUGCUCAUGGCG